AUGACCGUCACUGAUUAUGCUGCAAAGUUUGUUGAAUUGGCUAAGUUCUAUCCUAACUACAAUGGGGAAAAUGCUGAGUUUUCUAAGUGCAUCAAGUUUGAAAAUGGUUUGCGCUCAAAAAUCAAGAAGGCGGUUGGGUAUCGGAAGAUUCGUGUUUUCUCGGAGUUGGUUGAUAGUUUCAAGAUAUAUGAAAUUGAUAAUACUGCUCAUUACAAAGUCGUUAGUGAGAAGCGGAAGAAGAAUCAGCAAAAUCGUGCAAAACCUUAUGAUACUAACGAGGGUAAACUGAAAGUAGCUGAGGGAAAGAAGACUAGUGGGGGAGGUGCUCCUGCUGGUGUGACUUGUUUUAAAUGUGGAAAAGCUGCUCACAAGAGUUUUGCGUGUGAUGCUGAAGUGAAGAGGUGUUUCCGUUGUGGCAAGACCGGACAUGAAAUAUCUGAAUGCAAGCGCAAGGAUAUGGUUUGCUUUAAUUAUGGUGAAGAGGCACACAUUGGUAGUCAGUUUCAGAAGCCAAAGAAGACUCAAUCUGAUGGAAAAGUGUUCGCGUUGAUGGGAAGUCAGACUGAUUGGCAGGACGGGCACAUUGGAGGUAAUGUUUCAUUAGUAGUACUCCUUUAA